CUGCAUAUUUUGGCUGUAAUGAUUAGUGCUGCAGUGAACAUGGGAGUGCAGCGAUCCGUUGAGUGCUAACACAUGUCCGGCAUGGAGGCCAGCAAUAGCGGGACCCACAGAAGAAACAAGAGAAGGAGUCCAUCUGGGGAGAUACAAAUGCUCAUCAGAUCGGAUGACGACAGCAACACAGGAGCCACAGAGACAGAGCUGGAGCAGAGUAUGCUGAGAUCAAAAUGAUGGGUUGGGAGCAUUCUAAGGGCUCCAAGCAGAUGGACUGCCAGUCAGUCACAGUUGCCAGGAGCCUCCUCACAGCUUGUCCUAUUCUCACUCCUGGGGACUGACCCGCUGACGCCUCCUGCGGCACGUGCUGCUGACAUGGGGGUCCUUCUCUGGCUGCUCCUCCUCCUGCUGCUCCUUGAAGCCAAAGGGGACUCUGGAGAUGAUGUGAAUCCCGAGGAAGUAGCAGCGGUCCUCCAGGGACCUGUUAGCCUCUCCCUGGAAAUACCGUCUGAUGAAGAUGUUAAGUGCAUCAUCUGGUACUUUCACAAACCGCUUGCUAUCGUGGUGCCAGGGAAAGACGGACAUCCAGCUGCCAUCAGAGUGACCAACCCACAGUUCAAGGACCGACUGAGCUGGCUGGACAGCAGCCACACCCUGCUCAUCAGGAAUCUGAGUUGGGAGGACUCCGGCCUUUACCAAGCUCAAAUCUACCUGGGAACAUUGCAGCUCUCUACCAUGCAGUACUACGAUCUACGUGUCUACCAACGGCUGUCGGAGCCCCAGAUCACAGCGAACUUUGAGAUCUCCAGGGAAGGUCCCUGUAACAUGACCCUGACGUGCUUCGUAGAGAAGGAGGACAUGGACGUGACCUACAGCUGGUUUUCCUCGAGGGACAGCACCGACACAAACCAUGAAGGCCCCGUCCUCAGAGCAUCCUGGAGGCCUGGGGACAGUGCCCUCUUGUACACCUGCAGGGCCAGCAACCCUGUCAGCAACGUCAGGUCCCGUCCUAUCUCUGCAGGACACUUCUGUGCAGAUCCUGGCUAUUCUGAGAAGUCCUCAACAUCCUUCUGCCUCCUGGCCAAGGGACUUCUCCUCCUCUUGCUCUUGGUAAUUCUGGCUGUGGGGCUCUGGGUCGUCAGAGUCCAGAAAAAAAACCAAAUGCCCAAGAUGAAGACACUCAGAAGGAACAGAAUGAAACUGAGGAAGAGGGAGAAGCCUGACAUCAGCCCACCCUGACUGUCCCCUGGGGACUCCUGUCCUGAACUUCGUUUCUUUCCAGCUCUCAGGAAAACCUUCCUCAUCGCUCCUCCUCUCAGGGACUCAGUACGGGGGUGGGGGGCCGGGAUGU